AGUUGUACAAACUUUUUUGGCAUUCAGAGUUGGCGCGCGUGCAAUUGUGAACAGCGUUGCGCGAGUUGGAGAAUAAAAACAGUUAAAUUAAAAUUAGUUGUUAAAAACAAACUAGUUGCUCUCUAUAUUUUUUCCAUAACACAUCUGUAUAUGAAGUUACUACGUUGGUGUUGUGUAUAAUGUUGGCACAGGAGAUUGCACCGACGGAAAUUGGCAAACACGCAAAUAUAAUAAGAGUUGCCCAAGAGGAAUUAGCCAAUAUGGAUGUGCUUGUUUGCGGUCGCUGCCUGCGCGCCUUUAACUUUGUCGAGGAAUUUCAGUCGCAUAAGGAGGAUGACGCCUGCGAAAAAGAAAAUUCGAGUUUAAAGGAAUCGCUGGAUACAAAGCCCACAAUCUGGGCAUUUACGCUUUGGAAGGCCACACAGCUGCAUACACGAAAGGAGAGCAACUCCUCAAAUUCCUGGGCACUCUAUCAGAAUUGGGUCAAGCUAGACGAGAGCGUUCGCGAGCCUUGGAUUGUAGCCGGCAGGACAAUACAGUCGUUUGGCAAAAUCGGACAUGGCCAGCUUCAAGAUAUGCCUGUACGCAUCACCAAGACCGUUGUAAAUCCGAACAACAAUAAUAACAACAACAGCACUGCAAAUAGUAAUAACACGUCCUCCAGUGUUUCACCCACAAGAAAAUCUCCCGCUGGCAAAUUGCCGACAGUUGCUUCACAGCUGAAGGAUACGGAAAAUGAGCGGCCCAAGUCAAAACCCGGCACGCCCACACCGCCCGGCGCCUCGGCGCAAACUACAAUCACUGGCGUUGUUAAGAAUAGCAAUCGCAUUGCCACACGCGUCGACCCAAAAACCGAGCAACGCACUGAGGAGGCUGUAGAGAGUAUUGUAGCUAAACGCUUUAAUCCACGCCGCAAGACGCAUGAGUAUUUGGUGAAAUGGAUCGAUCGUUCGCACAAUGAGAACACCUGGGAGGUGAUGGCCAAUCUAGAGCGUGUACCCUACUUUCUGCAGAUGUUUGAGAAGCAACUGGCUCGCCAAAAGCUAAAGCGCGAGAAGAGUCUGGAUGCACUGAAGCGCAUGCAACAGGAAAAACCGCAGCAAGACAAACAGCAGGCGUCGCAGGCUGGUGGCAAAAUGGACUCUGCUCCGCACAGUCCAGAAUCAUCGGCAGUAUCCCCCAAUUCGUCGGGCGUCGGCGCAUCCCGUCCGUCGCGCACAUCCAAGACCAAAGCUAUGGAUCAGUUCAAGCAAUGGGUAAACGAGAGUGGCGCAGGCGAGGGCUCCACAUCACCCUCAUCGGCUAACGAAGAUGAGUCGGCUACGGAACAGGAAUGGUCCACGGCUGCCACGGCGCCAACGGCCAUUAAACGUAAACUGAAUCACACAGAUUCCAGUGCCGAGGGUGCUGGUCUCAAUGCCUCCAAUGAGUCAAUGGAGCUGGAAGAUCUCGAAGAGGAUUUAAUACCGUCGCACACAGUUAAGCGAUUAAAAAACGGCGGCAGCUCCGUGCAGCUGAAUAAGCCCAAAAUGCCAACAACGCCGGCUCGCAUCAAUGGCAACUCCUCGUCUGGGUCCAUAUUUAGUGAAAAGGAUGCAAAAAUGGGUGAAAUCAUCUACACGGAGGACAGCACAAGUACCGGCAUGUUCAGAAAACCCGAAAUGCCCAAUACAAUACAAACAAAACGUCAGAAACUCGAGUGUCCGGUGCGUUAUUUAUCCCGCACUGAAAUGGCCAGCAACAACAGCGGCAUCUUUCGCAUUGAACAAUCGGAAAGCAGCGCAAUUUCGCCAGCAGCUCCAAAGAUGAGUCCGGCCGCCAUCUCCUCAGCCGGCAUUGCGCCGCCUGCCAAGCGCAUGGCUGUUGCUCGAGCGUCCGGCAACAAUUCACCGGUGACCGUUGGCCAGCGAACGCAUUUAUUGCGUACACCCGGACAGGCGGCUUCACUGCAACGUCGGCCCGUGGGCAGCAACGCGCCCAAUCCACUGCGUCAGACGCCAAUGCCCGCCCGAGCCGGAGCACGCAUGCUGGUCACGCGCGCCAAUACGCCACAGCAGCGACAAAUAGCCGGAGCCAAGGCUGUUACGCCAGAGCAAAAGAUUUUGCAGCUAUCAAAGUCUGGGGAUCUCAAGGUGACGCGCAAAGUGAUGACUCGCGAGGAUCUGCUAGCACAGCGUGCGGCGCAGGUGCGUCAACAGCGUCAACAACAAGCGCAAGCUUUGCAGCAACAGCAGCAGCAGGUGCAGAUCCAGAAAGUGCAACAGCUGACUCCGCUGAGGCAACGCACGGUGAAUGCGGCGGCAGCUAAGGCACAGCCCAUGCAAAUCGAAAUGGAAGUGGAACAGGAGGAGCUGCAGCAGCAUCAGGCGCAACUAUGCCCCAUCACUGGCAAACUAAUUGGGCAGGAGGAGACGCAGCUGCAAAUGGAGCAGGAACAACAGCAGGAACAGCAGCGCGAACAGCUAGAGGCUGCCGCACAGGCGCUGCUCGGUGGUGAUCAGCAGGUGCUCACCAAUGAGGAUGGCUCCGCGUUGCUGGUACGCGGCGAGGAUGGCACCGUCUACCAGGUUGCCGGCAAGAAUGCCGAAGGCCAGACAAUACUCGUCACCCAGGGCCCCGACGGCGAACAGCAGUUUGCCUAUGUGGCUGCCGCCGAGGGUGAGGAUCAGGAUGUGCUCACGUUAGACAAUGCUGUCGCCGAGGCGGUCGCUGCCGUUGGCCAGCAAAGCGAUGCCAAUGCGGAUGGUGAGCACAUACUUGUCAGCAUGACGGAGGAGGAACUGGCUCAGCAUCAGGCUGCGGUAUUGCAGCAGCAGCAGCAGCAGCAGCAACAGCAGCAACAGGAGGCGGCGCCAGCGGGCAGCACACCGCAUACGGCGCAAAUUCACAUCACAACAUCGGACAGCGACGGCACCGAGGCACAAAUACCCGCCGAAGUGGUGCAAGCCGAUCUGCCAUCCCCGGGUGGAACGCGUCGCGUUGUUUUGUUGCUGCAGGAUGGCACCUUCAUGAUGACUGAAAUGCAGGAGGAUCAGUUCAAGACGCUAAAUAUCCCGACGCAACAACUAAAUGCAGCUGUUGCAUUUUGAAGAACAGUUAAACAUUUAGAAAACUCAGCAAAACCUUAGAAUUUGCAACACGCAACAAAACACCUACACACACCCAUACACACCCACACACACACAACAAACACACAGAACGAGCAAAACAACAUACAAUUUAGACUUAGAACUUGUAAUUGUAAUAUUAUGAUUAUUAUUAU